CCACGUGCACACAUGGCAAGGCGCGCGGCCGCCUAUCUGCAUCGCCUCAAAAACGAGAGAUGCCCGCUGCCCCUUCCCGCUCGUGCCCGUCCGGCGUAUCUCGCGGCGCCCCGUCCGGCAGGUGGCCUGCUCUGCCCUCGGCUGCGUUUCGUUGACCAGCUCCGGGCACCGCUUAUAAGCCACACUGCCCGCACCACGGCAGCUUUGUUCCUUCCUCCUCUAGUCCACCGCCCCAAGACAGCUCGAGAGAACGGGAGCGGGAGACCAUGGCGAACAGCACGCGUUGCAUGGCGCUGUUCUUGCUCAUUGGCGUGGCUGCUCCAGCGGUUUUGGCCGUCACCGAUGGACUUUUGCCCAACGGAGACUUCGCCCAGCGGCCGGACAAGUCCCAAAUGAAGGGCGUGGUGAUAACAGGGCGCCACGCGGUACCUUGCUGGGAGAUCUCUGGGUUCGUGGAGUACAUCGAGCCCGGGCACAGGGAGGGAGACAUGAUCCUGGCCCUGCCGGAGGGCGCGUCCGCCUUGCGGCUGGGCAACGACGCCACCAUCCAGCAGCCGAUCAACGUCACACCUAAGACAUACUACUCCGUCAGCUUUAUGGCCGCGCGGUCAUGCGCCCAGGCCGAGAAGCUGAACGUGUCUGUCGACCCGGAAUUCGGCGUGCUUCCGAUUCAGACAGUGUACACCAGCACCGGCUGGGACACCUACUCGUGGGCGUUCAAGGCCAGGCACAGCACCGUGUCGCUGCGCAUCCACAACACCGGCGUCGAGGAGGACCCGGCGUGCGGCCCCCUCAUCAUCGCCGUCGCGAUCAAGACCCUUUCUCCUCCUCACCGCACCAAGGGGAACCUGCUGAGGAACGGCGAUUUCGAGCUAGGGCCGUACAUCUUCCCCGGCACGCCGUGGGGUGUGCUGGUGCCGCCGAUCCUGGAGGACGUGCACUCGCCGCUGCCCGGGUGGAUGAUCAUGUCCGACACCAAGGUGGUCAAGUACGUGGACGCGCCGCACCACGCCGUGCCGCACGGCGCGCGCGCCGUGGAGCUGGUGGCCGGCAGGGAAUGCGCGCUGCUGCAGGAGGUGGUCACCGUGCCCGGGUGGUCGUAUAGGCUGUCCUUCUCCGUCGGAGACGCGGCCAACGGGUGCAAGGGUUCCCUAGCGGUGGAGGCGUACGCGGCGAGGGAGAGGAUCAAGGUGCCGUACGAGUCCCUUGGCACGGGCGGGUCCAAGCCCGCCGUGCUCGAGUUCACGGCGAUCGCCAACAUGACGCGCGUGGUGUUCCAGAGCUCGGACCAUCUCAUGACAUCCAACGCCACGUUGUGUGGGCCCGUCCUUGACGAUGUCUUGCUCGUCGGAGUGCGCAAGCCCGCUGCCAGGCGGCUGCGUUUGUAGAGUACGCAACAGUUUAGUCUCUGCCGUUGGUGCCCUAGUCUCCACAUGCCACACUAGAUUUUGAAUGCGCCUGACGUAUGUGCCUACCUGAUGUGCGUGUUUCUCUCCUUUGUCUUCCCAAAAGAUGAGCUAAAGAGGAAAGGAAGUUCAUGUCAA